AAAAAAUAAUAAAAAAGAAAAAGAAAAAAGACGAUGAAUGAGGUACUGUAAUUUGAUUCCAUUGUUGAACUUGGAGGAUCAGGAAGAUCAGUGAUGAAGCAGCAGGAAUUGACUGUGUUACUGUGCCUCAUUUGGGCACUAACCCUUCUCUAUGGGGAGAUGUUCGCUUAUUGGGUUCCACCGCUCUUCACCUGUUCAUGGCCCCAUCUUCUCCCCUCUUCUUCUUCUUCAAUGGUUACAGACAGUAGGAAUAAUCAAGCUGAUUAUGUAAAAGUUGCUGUUAUUGCUGAUCCCCAGCUCAUGGAUAAAACUUCUCUCCGUCUUCCUGCAAAGUCACUUGCACUGGAGAUUGCAGAAUUCUACACUGAUUUAAACAUGCGUAGAUCAUUCUUUUCAUCUGUCCUGCCUUUCAAACCUGAUGUCAUAUUGUUUUUAGGUGAUUACUUCGAUGGAGGUCCUUAUUUAUCAGAUGAAGAAUGGAAAGAGUCUUUCAGUCGCUUCAAACAUAUCUUUGGUUUGGAUGCACAAGGAAAAUACACAGACAUGCAAGUUUACUACAUUCCUGGAAACCAUGAUAUUGGCUAUGAAAGUCUUCAUUCUCUAAAGCCAGAGGUUAUCCAACGCUAUGAGGAAACAUUUGGGAUUAGGAACUACAGGUUUACGGUUGGAAAAGUGGAUUUUAUUGCUGUUGAUGCACAAACUUUGGAUGGACACCCACAAAAGCAUCUGACUUCCCAAACAUGGGACUUUGUGAAGAAUAUCUCUGUCGAUGGUGUAGUUAAUCCAAGAGUCUUACUGACACAUAUUCCUUUAUAUCGACGGGAUGAUACUUACUGUGGCCCUGAUCGUAGUUCCCCAAUUAUCAAUCAGAGGAUAUCUCAUGCUGUAAAUGGUAAUACUAAGGAUAUAACGUAUCAAAAUUAUGUUUUUGAAGAUUCAUCCAAAUACUUACUGGAUACAAUCAAACCUAAGCUUAUUUUGUCUGGCCAUGAUCACGAUCAGUGCACCGUCACUCAUCAAUCUAAAUUUGGGCCUGUCAACGAGCACACUCUAGGUACUAUAAGUUGGCAACAAGGAAACUUGUAUCCUUCUUUCAUGCUGUUAUCAGUUGAUAACUCAACUCUUCCAAAUGCUUCCAUUCCAGAAGAGGCUGUGUUGACUCAUCUAUGUUAUCUUCCAAUGCAAACACACGUCUACAUAUGGUAUAUUGUGCUAUUUGUUCUGACCCUUCUUGCCCUCUUAUUUUGGCCAACAAGUGGCACAAGUUUGUGGCGUCAGUGUUGGAGUCUAGUGGGCCAUUGUAAACAACUAAUAGCAUCCAUCCUAUCUAGAAGUGAAACAAAAGAGAAGGAUGAGGAUGCGAACUACGAAUAUGAGAUGGUGUGGGAUGCAGAAGGAUCAAUGCAUCUUAUAAAGAAACCCUUGAAUGCAUCUGCUGUAAAUUCGAAUGAACGGAACUUAGGGGAAAGGGGUAAUGUUGUGAUGCGGCAAACUGCUAGAAAAAAUACUGCUCAGGAAGCAGAUCUUUCUGUGAAUGUGGAUAUGGCUUCAGUAUCAAGAAUACCUCCCAGAACUGGCAAAUCAAAGACAAAAUUUAUAAUCCAAAGAAUGUUACGCGUACUGAGAAUGCUGACUGUUAUUGCAGCAGUGAAUGUUCCUCUUUACAUGAUGUUGCUAUUCAAGGAUUGGAUUGACAAAUAAAGAUGACAUACCUAUAGGAGUGUUAUCAUUCUGGUUUUACAUUCAGAUUUUUUUUAAUGAUGAUUUGUAGAACCAGUUACAUAGUUCAAGUAGCAUAUUGCUAUCUACAUGAUCCAAUCUUAGGUUGAUGCUUUUGUAUGUUUACUUUGUAGCUUGAAAUAUUUCUUUAAAUUAUUCAUGAUUAUGCCAUG